CAGGGUUUCUAUUGGCUAUCUUCUGUGUCAUUCAACUGAAAACCGUUGCUGCCUGUUUUGUUGACAUCUGAUUACCAAACAACACUGAAGCUUUCCCGGUUGAAUCAUUCAUUUAAAUGGCUUCAGGUUACAGAAAACCAGCCUCUGCGGCCAGCCAAAGGAAAAAGGCAGGUCCCAAAAUCGAGCUGACUGAGGAGCAAAAGCAAGAAAUUAAAGAGGCUUUCGAUCUCUUUGACACAGAUGGCACUGGGACAAUAGAUGUGAAGGAGCUAAAGGUUGCCAUGAGAGCGCUUGGCUUCGAACCAAAGAAAGAAGAAAUCAAGAAGAUGAUUGCAGACAUUGAUAAAGAAGGCUCUGGAACAAUUGACUUUGGUGACUUUCUCAGUAUGAUGACAGUGAAAAUGAGUGAAAAGGACUCCAAAGAAGAAAUCCUGAAGGCUUUUCGGCUGUUUGAUGAUGACGGCACGGGAAAAAUCUCAUUCAAAAAUCUAAAGAGAGUUGCCAAGGAGCUGGGCGAAAACCUCACAGACGAGGAAUUACAGGAAAUGAUUGAUGAGGCGGACCGAGACGGAGAUGGUGAAGUCAGCGAGAAGGAGUUCUUGGAUAUAAUGAAGAAGACCAAACUUUAUUGAAUCUGUUGGGUGCAUUACCGUUUUGAUCUGGGACCUUCUGAAGAUUCACUGUUGUGAUUCUGUCACACUUUAUGACAGUAGCUUUUUUAAAGAACUUUUUUGGGGCAUGCUUGUGAAUAAAUAUUUUUAACAUACUGUAUCUUUGCACAGAUUUUUCUACAAUGAGAAAUAA